AUGACUGCGCUGGAGAAGAGCGGCAUAGUCGAAGUCUGGGCCCUGGACCAAUGGCACGAAUCGUUCGUGACCCUCGAAAGCGAAUUCUUGGUCAUCUCGCUCCAAGACUCCGCCGUGCAAAACGGGUCAGGCAGCGGCAAUGACUCGUCUUCCCUCGCGUCCCCGAACGGCACGGAAAGUGGCGCCUAUGAAGCGCCGCCGGACGCCAUUGCCAACGAAAAGCGAGUCGUCCGUGUGGUUAAGAGCGAGAAAAGCGGCUUGGGCAUUUCUAUUAAAGGAGGCAAGGAAAACAGAAUGCCAAUUUUGAUCUCCAAGAUUUUCAAGGGCAUGUCUGCGGACCAGACGGAUUACUUGAAAGAAGUGACGCCGUUUUUCAAGAAAACCUCGCUUUUGAGAGAAAUCGGCUGGGAACUGCAGCGCGGAUUUCUCGGCAUGGAUUUAUCGUCUCCAACAAAGUCUUCGUUGCAUCCAUCUUUGGCUGGGAUGAGAAGUGUCCCACUCAUGUUGAGCUUCCUCGCUCGGAAUCUGAAGAAACCUGAUCCAGUGAAUAAUUGCGAACCGCUUGAUAAACUCAUGCUUCGAGGGGAUGAAGUCAGGUCCAUGGGGUGGCUUUGUCGUCGAGCAGAAGAUCCAGAACGAUCUGGAAAGGAUCUUUGGAGUCCAACUUUUGUUGCCCUGACGAGGACGAAUUUGCUGAUGUACACCGUUGCGCCGUGGUCGAUUGAAAGUUGGCCGAAUCCGUCGAAGGCCUUGCCAUUAGUGACGACGCGUUUAGUCAACACUUCGCCCGGUGAUCACCACAAUAAAUUCGUCAUUCGAACCGGAGUGAAAGACGGUGUGGAGACGCAAGAGUUUCGGUGUGAAACCCAUCGGGACUUGGCACACUGGGCUCGAAGUCUGGUCAAGGGCAGUCAUGCCGAAGCACUUGCCAUGCGCGAAUUUUCUUGCAAUGCACAGUUUAGAGGGAUUCAAGGAAAAUUGGUGAUCCACUAUGACCACGGAUUCAGCUUUUUCGGUGACAGCGACGGGAAAAACUCUUCUAAGCCAAUUUGGAGUUAUGCUUUUGAUCGUCUCCGGCAUUCCUCCGACGAUGGAUUGCGAUUGUUGGUUUUGCGGUUUGCUGAGGAACCUUCCCAGGAUAUGGAGCUUGAUUUGGGUUGCUGCCCGAAACCCGUGGUUUUUCUCCUGCACACCUUCCUGUCGGCCAAAGUUUGCUCGUUGACGCAAAACUCGGGCGCUCCUGGUGCAUCCUGAUGUUUUCAUUUUACCAAAAAAAAAAAAAAAAAACGAAAGAAUACGGAAGAAGAAACUUUGAAGCAAACCGUCUUGUCUCGUGGGUCAGUGGGUGAGACGAGGAAAAUCUAAAGUUACGAGUCAUGUUAAGAUGCAAAACAAACAAAAAAGUACAGUAAUUUAGGAACGUAUAGCAAUUGUGUUGAAAGUUUCCCCGUGUUUUUCCUCUGAACCGUCCUUCCAAACGAUGGUACCCACGUUUUAUCAUGCUGCUCAAAUCGCCGAGGGGAAGAAGAAAGCAAUUCCGUGGCUAAAGCCUUGAAAUAUUUAUAGGGUUUGAAAAAUAUGGGAUCCAGGUUUUCUGCAUCGGUUGCGAACGUCUCGCUGAGAAAAAGUUUUGAAAGUUGCCGAGGAUUUGCGUUGUUUUUUGCUUGAACAACGAAAAAAACUUGUUUGUUUCCGAGAGCAGAAAACCUGAUCUAACCCAGUAUGAAAGCCAUAUCAAAAUGUCUUUUUCUCAAGGCGGAAAAAGCGUUGUGUAAAUCAAUGAAGGAAAAGAUCCUUCUUUUCUAGAAAUGGCGGAAUUCAAGCAUAUUUUGUCCAUUUAAAUGCUGGGUAACAUUUCGGAUUCUUUGGAACGUUCUGAAAAUUCGGGUAUUUUGUUUUCCAGUUUCCUUGUAGCUUUUGAGGUUACCGAAUUUUUUUUUUUUAUAGAUUUUCUGCGAACAAAACACGAUGAAUUUCCUGGAGUUGACUCGUAGUUACGGAGUGACUCAAAUUAAUUUCUGAACAAUUCCCUUCUGUUCUCUUCCUUUUUAGAGAGAAGUUCAUGAUAGAGAAAGCACAGAGACUUAUGUAGGGAUUAAAAUUUAAUUUGCCAGAUUGUUUCCUUAUUUUUAAUCCUGUCUCACUUUUUAAUUUGACGAAACACAUUAAAAAAUACAUUUCCCCAGAACAGAUUUUCUUCUACAAUAUUCAUUGAUGAGGAACUCUGAAAUGUGUCCUGCAUGAUUCUUUGUGUUUUCACCUUUAGUCUUGAAUAUCGCUGUUCAUUUAAGCGAUUUCGGAAGAAGGAAGACCGAAGGUAUAGCAGGAGUUCUAGAAUUUUCGUCUUUCAGACAUAACUUGUGGCCUCGGAGUUUGUACUCUUUCUUGUUAGCGUUCUUCGUCGUUUUUUGCGCUAUAAGGAAAACGAAAAGAAUUGAAUGUGGUACAGUACAAUGUUUUCUACCAUGUUCUGCUAUAAUUUUUUUUUUCAUUUUUCUUUUACCGUGAAUACGUUGUUAAUACGUUUGGAGAGUUGAAUGCCAGUCAGAAACAGCUGUCCUGGGUAAUGUUCGAUUGUGUUUAAAACGUAUUUUCUCAACUUUGGAACAAGUUACGAUUUACCUUCAUCUGGCGGAUUGAGUAUUAGAUUUGUUUUUGGGUUAUCGAAAAUUCAAAGGCCAAAAGCGUCGGACCUUCUUGAGGAAUUUUUUUUCUUUGGAAUGGAUUUUGAAAACUAAAAUUUUGAGGACAGGUCUGACGAGCCGCGCUACAGAAUUUAGGGGAAUUUUUAGUUACGGGAGUGAUUGUUGUGGGACGGUCGAAAAAGAAAGACGUCGUGCUGUUGAUCCCGUUGUAUGGAUUGUUUGGACAUCGGUGUUGUUUUAUACCCAAGUUACGUAUCGAAGAUACUAAACCUGGAACGUUAUAUUUCAGAAGCCAUUGCCUUCGGGAAAUUUAGAUUUAUGGUUUUUUUUUGUUAGUUUUUUUUUUUUUUUGGAUGACAUGUCCAAAGAAAAUGGGGAAUAUUACGAGCUUCAUGUUCCGGUUUUUACUGACGGCGAGCAGAUGAAGAAGCCAUUGAACCGAGUAAAACUUGCGAAGUUCCAUGUUCA